AAACAACAAUCAAGCAAAACGGCGCCGUACCAAGACCAAGUCCAGCCGAAUAAUAUAUUAAUGGGAUCUCUACUUAUAAAUACGGCUUCGGUUUUAGUUUCAUCCAUCAUUUUUGUGAAUCUCGUCAACGUUCUUUCAAUUUAGCUGAAAACAAAUCACCCAGAAACCACCGGAGACAACAUCAAUGGCGACCAAAGUAUAUAUUGUGUACUAUUCCAUGUAUGGACAUGUAGAGAAGCUAGCAGAAAAAAUAAGGGAAGGGGCUGCAUCUGUUGAAGGUGUAGAGGCAAAAUUAUGGCAGGUUGCAGAGACACUUUCAGAUGAUGUGCUCGGGAAAAUGAGUGCUCCACCCAAGAGUGAUGUACCAAUCAUCACCCCAAAUGAUCUUGCAGAGGCAGAUGGGUUUGUUUUUGGUUUCCCAACAAGAUUUGGCAUGAUGUCUGCUCAAUUCAAAGCAUUUCUUGAUGCAACUGGUGGUCUUUGGAGAACACAACAGCUUGCUGGAAAACCUGCUGGAAUCUUUUACAGCACCGGAUCUCAAGGUGGUGGACAAGAGACCACUGCGUUGACUGCCAUUACUCAGCUUGUUCACCAUGGAAUGAUAUUUGUACCAAUUGGAUACACAUUUGGAGCUGGCAUGUUUGAGAUGGAACAAGUUAAAGGUGGAAGCCCUUAUGGUGCAGGAACUUUUGCUGGGGAUGGGUCAAGACAACCCUCUGAUCUUGAGUUGGAACAAGCUUUACACCAAGGGAAGUACAUUGCUACAAUCACCAAGAGGCUCAAGGGAUCUGCUUAAUGUCAAUUCACCAUUGUCAUACCUUUUAGGAAAAAAGAACCCUUAUUCCAUUUUUUUCUACCCCAAGAAUUUCAAUGCCCUAUUUCUAUUUGCUUGCAAGUAAUAAUUUUUCGCCUGUUUCAUAUUGUGCUUUGUGAUUGUGUGUUACAUGGUAAAGUUACUACUUUUAAUGAAAAAUGUUUGUUUGCUCUUCCA